AUGGUUGUCGACAACAUGCUGCAGCUCAACGUUGUUUUGGCCAACGGCACCACUAUUCGCGUGAACGAGACGAGCCACGCCGAUCUCCGCUGGGGAAUGAAGGGCGCAGGUCACAACUUUGGGAUUGUUACGAGCUUCGAGAUGAAGGUCUUCCCCCGGGGACCGGACACUUGGCACUACCACAGCUACGUCUGGACCGGCGACAAGCUCGAAGAUGUUUUCAACGCCCUCAACGAACUCCACCGCAACGGCACCACUCCUCCCAACAUGGCCGUAAACUUCGGGAACUUCCUUAUCAACGCAACGAUAGAGGAGAAGGAGCCCAUCAUCUCCUGGUCCUUUGCCUACCGCGGCAGCGCUGAAGAGGCCGAGGAUCUCCUCGCCCCAUUCAACUCCAUCGGCAGCGCGUGGGACGAGUCCGGCGACGUGCCCUACCCAGGAGUCGCCGCGGCCCAGGGCACCAGCGAGUCCGACUUCAUCUGCCAGGACAACAACAAGUGCAUCCUCUCGACCGCGGGCCUGCAGGUCUACAACGUGACGGCCGAGCGGCUCAUCUUCGACGGGUUCAGCCGGCGCGCCGCCUCCGACCCGGCGCUCGUCGCGGGCGCGGGCAUCCUGCACGAGGGCUACUCGACGUCCGUCGAGGAGCAGUACGGCCAUGAGGCAUGGCGCCUGGAGCGACUUCGAGGCCUCAAGGUUGAAUAUGACCCCGAGAACCGCUUCCGUUACUUCAACCCUAUCAUCAAAGGCAAAGGCCAUUAG